GGUCCUACCUGUAUAUGCAGAUACAUGCAGAUAAAACAUACGUUUAAUUUAAACCGCGCUAAACCGCGCUUAGUCGUUUUCUGAAAAUGAUCGCUGUUUAAACCACACAUGGUAUAGGCAAUAGCAUAUUUGUCAGGGAUUAUUUGCGCUACCUAACUCAAGGAGAAGGACAUGGCAAAUUUAAUACCCUCACUAAGUUGGCCUCUGUCGACGCCGCCGCCGACAUCGACGCCUGCCACCGACGAAUAAUACCAGUUUUGUGAGGACAACGUGUUUAAGGCCGAUCUGGUGACCAACUUUUCGCACUGGUUUAUAAUCCCGUCGGUCAUAUUCCUGUUGGUGUUGGGGUUCCUAGACGAACGCCUCAUUAUUGCAAAACAUAUUCUGGGUGGACGUCCAGGCUUACCGAGACCGUUCAGUUUUCUGGACGAACCAAGAAACAAGUGGGGCAUUAUCCUUGCCUUUGGUUCAGCAACUACGCACAUCAUACUGGUCACGACGAAGGCAUUCAACGCAGAGUUUCCGAUAUGGGCAAAAAUUUUCUUGGUGUACAUCCUAAGCCUGGAGACGAGUCUGAUAUGUUACCCACUGUUUGCCUGUAUGACAUCUCGACACACGCUGGUAGGGGCCAUAACGGGGUUGCUCUACUCGGCCGGAUGGUUUGCUUUCCAGAUGUAUAGGCUGGUUCUACAAGGAAGCUGCUUCGCCAAUUACACAUAUUUGGAUGUGUAUACGCCACCAGGUCCUAUCAUCAUCAUCGAGCUGCCGACUGCUAUCUUUAGUCUCCUUGUCGUCAUUAAGUUCGGCUGGAAGCUCUUUAAGUGCCUGAGGAAAAAGAAGUUUACAAAAAGUUUAUAUGAAGAGGGGAAUAAAAAGAUGUGCCGAUAUUGCGACGUAAUUUAUGUAAAACAUCUUUUGAAGAAAAAUCAUACAAACGCCGAAAUUUUGAACAAAACAAUGCCGCUAUACAGGAAGCUGUUUAAUCACAUGACAAAGCCUGUGCCAGGUUUUAAGUUUCCUAUUGCCAUGCUCAUCACCGCCUCAGUAUCGUGUGUGUUUGUGUACUAUAUAACAGCAUAUUUGGCGUUAUACAUGGACACGUGGUUCAAACCGUUUACCGAGUAUUAUGACUUGAUUACAGCUGCCAACGCGAUAGCGACCAUUUUAACGUUCUUAUGUGGUAUGAGAAACAUUUACCUGGUCCUUAUUAACUACAGACGAGACAUGCGACGUCUGUACAGAGGUGAUAGAACUUUCAUUCCAUCAUCCCUGAAAAAGGCGUCGCCCAAAACAUAUAUGGCCCAGGGUAUGCGGUUUGUUGGCAACUCCAUCGUGGGAUCGCUCUGGGGAUCUGUGUUCGCCUACAUGGUUCUAUUUGUUCCGUUGGCUCUAAUGAUGUGCGUUUUGCGGGAGCUGAGUAAGGCGGGAAUGAUUCACCACCUUCUGAAUAGGCUGCAGUGGCUCAUUUACCCUGUGUGCACAAUUAUCAUCUUCAAAGUACAGAUCGUGCUGGUUGGCAAGUUUUUCAUGCAGCCGAAGUUGGACCCCGGGGACAAACAUAGACCUCUCGCCAUUGAUAACAGGAUAGUCUAUGACGUGUUCACUUUCUUCCUGGUAUUCCUGAAUGCAAGCAUCGGGAUCAUCCAGUUUGUGAAGAGAGUGCUGCUUAGCGUCAUCCUGGGCGCUUUCCUGAUUCCCAGGAUGGACAGAAGUCUUCUCAUGCGCGGAUAUGAAACCAUGGAUAAAUGCUAUACAAACUACGUAGGCAUGAUUCUAGUGGACGUGGCCCAUAAUCAUCCUGUGAUGCGUGUGUUUUGUCACGUGUCGAAGGACGCCAUGAUGCGCACGCGUGCGCGUGCCACACCGACCACGGAAAAUCCGAUAUAUGGAGACGUACGAAAUGUUGAGAAUAACCAUGAACAAUUAAGCCCCGCAAGAAAGCGCUGGUACCUAAUAUACACGUUGUUAAGAAAUCCACAACUUCAGGAAUCACGGGUUCGUAGUAAACCGACCCCGCCGUCUUCCGCCGUCGUUGUUGACGUCAACGAAAUCGAGCUUUCUACGAAAUCGUUGGCAGACGACAUGUCAGCAGACACUUUGGGCUGUCGUCUGCGGUGCUGGAAAGAACGGACAUUUACAAUACCUCCGAAUAUCACUACCAACAUCAUGGCGGCGCUGGUGGUGUUUGCGAUCUUAAUUAUUUAUGUCGGCCUUCCGUUGCUUUUAACAAAUUUUUCUAAGUUGCUUGUCAUCUGAAUUCACGUAGAAUGAAGAAUUCAACCUUCAUGAACUUCAAUGAUAUUUUGGAAUCAUGCUGGUCAAGAGCAGAAAUGAAUCUAGCAAGGUUUUAUGACUGAAUAAAGCAACGCUUUGUCUAUGUGUUCUCUUAUAGCGAGUAUGAACCACGAGUUAUGGUUGUAAAAUAUGGUUGUUUUGUAUAAUGGUAUUAAAUUUAUGUUUAUAACAAUCUCACAUAUGUCAUUGGAAGAAAAAUUGUUCAUUUUUUAUAUCUAGGAUGCAUGUCCGUUAUUAAAAUUAUCCUGUUACCGCUGUCGGCCUUAACCACAUCAGUAGCUUUACUUGAUCACAUUGGGUGUAUAAGGUCUUUGUGCGACAGCGCAAUACAAACAAGAAAGUUUUACCAUUAAAACUGAAUUAUCGCCCCUUGAUCUUUGCGUUAUUUAAUCCUAAAGCGUAGCCGAAAUAAAGACGUGAAUUUAA